AUGGCAGGAGAGGUAGAAAUUGAAGUAAUUCUUAACGAAGGAGUCAGCCAAUCUCUUAACUCGAGUCUUCUAAACAGCUGUAUUGAGUACCUUAUAUAUCAACGACAACAAGUUCCGCUGCCUUUCCAUGAACUCAAGAGAAUCGUAGAAGAUCAAAAAAAGAUGUAUGAUGACUUGGAUACUGGUGUAACCAGUGCUAGGGAACGUCCAGUAGUAAGGCGAUCCCUCAACAGUGAGGAUAAGAAAGCUGUCAAAGUAUACGAAGACUUGCAAUGUUUAUUUGGUCACAUAAACAAGUUGUUCUUAUCAGCAGACGUCAAGUCCGCCAUGAUUCUUCUGGGCUCGACAGCAGUCAGCCCCAAGGAAAGCUAUUACGUCACGUUUCCAAGAACUAACCAAGGAAAUCAUACGGACCUUUCAUCCAGGAUAUGCGGCUCAUCCUGUCGCAAAAUGAUACGAAGCUUGAUCUCGAAUCAGGAGCUUGGUUCUUUCAAGGAGAUUUCUGCUACUUCAAUGUUAGUUUUUAUUCAAGCUAACAGAAACUCUGUUAUUGAGUGGUUUCGACCAAAACCGACUUUCAAACCACCACAAAGGGGUCAAUCUUGUAAAAUAAUUCUCAGGACCAACAAUGAGCCAGAGCUGGAAGACAGCACUGAUGAGUGGAUAUGGUUCCAGGCUCCAGUUAUCGUGAAAGGGUACAGGCAUAAGACAGGAAGUGCAGGUCUCUAAAAUUCUGAAAUACAGUGCGCACUUAUGGGCUCACUUAUUUAGAACCCUAGUGUAAUGCAUCAGUCAAUUCCACCCCUGGGAAUUUUCCAUCCAAGGCAAAAAAAUGCUAAUGCCCAGGGGUCAGCCCAGGGGGGUGUUGGGCACAGCUGGAAUUGACUGAUGCAGAACUGCUGUAUGCUAAAGAAAAAGCUAAAGAAAUACGCAGUCAUUUUCUCUCUUUUCUUAUUUUGUUCUUUUUAUUUUUGUGACAUUUUAAGAAUGACUAAUACAUGGCAUAAUUAUUGUAAGUACAGUGUAAGCUCUCGUGAGUGGACACCCUCCGGACACAAGAAAGGUGUUCAUUACUAGAGCUGGCUGGGAAGGUAAAUGUAAUGUCCUUUGUAUUUUUCUUUUUUCAUAAUGUUUAGCUGACCCCAUGCCAUCAAUCUCCGGCUUCGAAGGGUAGGCGUAACUGGUAAAUAAUAAAUAAUACAGAGUUUGUAUGGGAGUUGAGAGAAACAGGGUUUUGUGAAGGCUGCCUUAAGUGGAGCUGUCUGCUUGCGAGAGUACUUACAACAAGGUUGCAGUAGUUAUAUCUUGGCUAAAAUCCUUUCCCAGGUUAAACUAGACCCUGGUAACCUAGGUUGAAUACCCCAACAGAAUUCAACCAACAAGUUACAUUGUCUGACAAUACUGUUGAAAUAAAUUACAUCAUUUUUUCUUAAACUACACCAAGGGUUAACGAUGUAAGUAAAUAAUAUUUAUAUGUAUCUAUCUUCUAACAAACCUCUUGGAAAGUGAACUGUUGCUAUCUGUUACUUAGAAAAACUUAUGUAGAAAAUGCUGUAUUUGUGUCUAACAGUAUUACUAUUGUAGAUGGAUUUAUUUGCAGCUUACAAUAACCAUGUUUCAUUCUAGACAUCAACUCAGAUAAUUUACAAACUAUAAUUAAUUAUAACGUAGGAUUUUACUUUUUUAGAAAUAUCUGUUGUGUCUCUAUUUGGAGGAACUUAAUAGAAAUUAUUUUCCCCAAAGCAGGCAAUUUUUAGUGAGAAGAGAUUUCUGAUGAACAAUUUGAACUUUUUACAAGCCCCUGUUUGUGAUGUAUGUCAAACUGUUUGGGCAAAAAUAAGUUUGUGGUGUGGGUUUUUUGUUUGUUAUUUUUCAUUGUUUUUAACCUCCUUUAAAUAAUAUAUAUAUUUAGCCACGGCUAAAAGCGAGGCGUGCAUUUAUAUACUUUUAUUACUUACCGG